GAGCUUAAACCAACAGUGAAUUGAACCAAAAUGGCGGCUCACUGUCAGUUCUUCAUCAUAGCUGUGGCUGAUCAGGCGAGCUUAAUCGAUGGUUUCUAAAACUGAACAAGGUAGUGGAGAAAUUGAAAGAAUGGCUCGGGUGGUGUUUCUCCAUCCGGAUCUUGGUAUUGGAGGUGCAGAGCGACUGGUGGUUGAUGCUGCUGUUGCCCUAAAGUCUCAAGGAUGCAGUGUUCAGAUUUGGACCGCCCAUUAUGAUCCAAAACACUGCUUCUCGGAGACGCGAGACCCAGAUCUUCCUGUGGUAUGUGCUGGCGACUGGUUACCCACCAGUAUAUUCGGCUACCUGCAUGCUCUGUGUGCGUACCUCCGGAUGAUUUAUGUGGCCUUCUACCUGGUCUUCCUGAGCGGUGUGGAGUAUGAUGUCAUCGUUUGUGAUCAGGUAUCGGUGUGUAUACCGGUGCUGCGGUUGUCCCGACACAGGAAGAAAGUUCUGUUCUACUGUCACUUUCCGGACCAGCUGCUGACCCAGAGGAAGUCAGCCCUGAAGAAGCUCUAUAGAGCUCCUAUUGACUGGUUGGAAGAACGCACCACUGGCAUGGCUGACAUGAUUUUAGUGAACAGCCAGUUCACUGCAGGCGUCUUCAGGGAGACCUUCUGCAGUCUAAACCGCGUCCAGCCCGACGUCCUCUACCCGUCCCUCAACACUAACGCGUUCGAUCAGAUGUCGACGGAAGCACAGGGCCUGCAGGGUCUGCUUCCUGAGGGAGUAUCCCACCUGUUUCUGUCUCUGAACCGAUACGAGAGAAAAAAGAACCUGGGCCUCGCUCUGGAGGCUCUGGCGGUCCUGAGAUGCAGCCUGACGCCCUCUCAGAGAGCGGGCGUUCACCUGUUGGUCGCCGGCGGCUACGAUGACCGAGUUACUGAGAACGUCCAGCACUACAACGAGCUGACAGAGCUGGCCGAGCAGCUCCACUUGGAGGACUGCGUCACCUUCCUGCGCUCUCCCUCUGACUCCGUGAAGGUGGUGCUGCUGCGGACCGCCACCGCUGUGCUGUACACCCCCAGCAGAGAACAUUUUGGGAUCGUUCCCGUAGAGGCCAUGUAUUGCAGCUGUCCUGUUAUCGCCGUGAACUCCGGGGGGCCCCUGGAGAGCAUAGCUGAUGAGGAGACGGGCUUCCUGUGCGAGCCCACGGCCGAGGCCUUCUCUAAGGCCAUGGAGAGGCUUAUCAGGGAUGCACGCCUCCGCAGGGACAUGGGACUAGCUGGGAGGAGAAGGGUGGAGGAGAAGUUCUCUCUUCAGGCCUUCUCAAACCAGCUCUAUGGGUAUAUUGUCCAGCUGAGCAAGUGAUGGGAAGUGAGGAUGAAAACUGUGGAACUGAACAACUGCGGCAUCUCAAAAACAAAAAAGCUUACUGUUUUCGGUGUAGAUUCAUCAAGAAAUGGAAGUCAAUAAUUCAUUAGUAUUGAUAAAAAUGACUAGUAAUUGGAAAGAAUAUUCUGGCAGAUUAUUAUGGGAAAAUGUCUUGCUCUUCUGGCGGAUUAUUUCACUUAUAACUAGCACUUUUUGUCAAUUUUAAGCAGUUAUUGACUUAAAACAAGCUCUUAUCUUGUGCUGAAAAGUUAAUUAUGAGUCAGUUUUGUCUCGUUUCAAGUGUACUAAAAUAUUUGUUCUAGAAACUACACCAAAAACAUUAAGAUUUUGUGUGUUUUUGUCGUAUGGAUGUUACAAAAACAAAACUUAAGUUUUGUUUUGUUUUUAAUUUCCAGGAGCCUGAAGUGUUAGUUGUUGUUUUUUUUUUUCACAUAAAAUUAUGAUGAGCAAGAUUUCUUUAAACUUGCAGUAGUUUUUCUAAUAUUAAUUGAAAGCUUUUUCACUCAUUUGAGUCCAGUUCUUCGAUGCACUAUAUGUGUCAUGGCCAUUACUGGACAGAAAUUGAGCGUUAAAAUGAGCCAAAGUCCAAAAAACAACAAUGAAAGACCUCUAGAAAGGAUGAAGAACUAUCAGUCAGUACCAGUUUGAAGAAUUACAGGAAUGUCUGCCUCACUGAAAACACAAUAUAAAGAACGGCUUGAAACUUUUGCACAGGUCUGUAUGUGAACUGAGCUGGUGUGUAUUAUUAGUACUUCAAGGACAAUUAAUCAGCCUUCCCCAUGAGAGGUUGCUGCGAGGCGCGAAAGCGAUGGAAUCCGUGUACCAAUUAAGAAAUGAGAAAUUAGUUUACCUGUCCUGUUGCUGGAAAAAUACCACCUUCUUAGGUGUCUGUGUGUCUGGAACUAUGGAAAAAGUGCCGCAACGUGGCAACCGAGAGCCUGGGAAAUGAGUCUCCAACGAGGAUUGAUUGUUGCGUGAAAUGUUUUGCACUGUUUGUGUGUAUUGUGCCCCCAACGCCUCCCCCUCUACGCACGUUUUGUUUUUGUGUCUUUUUGAAGAGGAGCAGCGCAGUCAUCACCACAUGCCACCGGGCAGCGCACAAUCUGAGAUCGAUAGGUGGAUGCUUUUCUGCUGCGUCCUGUCCGUCCACAGCUUUGUUCCCCUUCCUGUAUUCAGAGGACGCUGGCCUGUUCGUGACUCCUGCAGCUGCGUAAAGGGUUAUUAGCAGACGAUGGAGAGUUGGGCUUUAUUAGAUGGGCAGUGAGCCUGUGUCUGGGUCAUUAUCAAUGAGGAGAAUAGCAGAAGGUCAUUGUGUCUCCGCGAUGGCCUCCUCUGGCUUCUUGCUGUAUAGAAAUGCUCCUAUCGGCAUUCUUGAAGUCUUAAUAAACAAGAAGACACAUAGUUUCCCCCAUCUCCGGAGUCCCACCAGUUCUGCUGGUGCAUUUGUUGGCCUUUAAUAGACUUCUGUAAGGAUUUUGUGGGCGAGUAAGCAGGCACAGAUACAUUGUUAAUGCUGUAAAUAAAACAUUCCAAGAAAAAAAAAAAAUGCCAGCAAGAAAGUUUUAUUUUGCUCUUCUUUAAUCACUGAGGGACAAAACACAGAAGAUCUUAACUUUGUGCUUCCAUUUGUCGUUGCAUUAUCAUUUGGAGAGUCUGAGUUGUGUCUGAAUGAGCUUCAUUCUUGUUGAAGGGGAUCUAUUGGAAGAAAAAAAAUGUUUUUUAAAAAACAUUUAAAAAAAUUAAAAUGUUUUUAGGGUCUUUUUUCUUUGCUUAAACAAAUGUAUGUUAUUUUCCUUUGAUUUUUACACAGCUCUCAAAUAAAACUAAAAAGCAGUCAAAAAAGUGGCUUUUCUUAAUCAGCAGUUGCAUAACAUUGAAAAUACCUAUUCUUUUAUUAACUGUAUGGAGAAUCAAAAGUGCCACAAUUUAUGUGUUUCAUUAGUUUUGUAAAAAAAAAAAAAAAAAAAGACAAAUAUAAAAGUUUUAUUUAAUACAAAAUAAUUAAAUGCCAUUGUUACACCUUUAAUUAAUUCAUUAAUGAUUUAGCAAUAUAUCAUGAUUUCUUUUUGAUUUACAUGAUUUCCUGUAUUAAAUGUAAUGCGUGGUGCCCACAAUAAUCUAGAUGGUUUCCGGUGGAGAUGCAGUCAGGAUGUGUUUGUUGUUGUUGACCCUGAUGCGAGUGCCUUCAUCACUGGGAUGCGCUGCCUGCUGAUUCUGGUUUUCUUCAGGACCCGAUCACCUUUAGAUUUCACCUUGAUGUGCCCUUGAUGUGCCCUUGAUUGUCAGCUGACAAUCAAGGGCACAUAAACAGCAUGAAAACAGUAGGCCUUUGCAGCGCUUUGCUGCUCGGGCCUAAUUAUUUAAUAUUGAAAGAUUUUUACCUCCCACCCCAAAGUGGAUAACAUAACCUUCUACAUUAUAAACACCCCAAAGAGACAAUCCUAACCAUGGAUGCACAUUGUUAGGAUCAGUCCAUCAGGUCUCCGAUCUCUGCAGUAGACGCACCCCGAUCAACCUAGAAAAUAAAAACAACACUGAGAAAAAUGACAACAUUGAUAUUGCUACGUCAUUUUUAUUGUGCAGCAUUGUCUAUUGCCUUUAAAAUCAUAGCCAUUUUUUCAAGACUUCCUCUUAGCUCAUGAAGAAAGCAGUAUUUUUUUAAAUGUUUUGCACAUAUAUAUAAAAAAAUCUAACCUCUCGCUUUGUGAUUUGGGAAAAACUGCUGCUCCAGUUUCCUGGGCGGUCCAUAGCUGGAGGCUUGAUAUCAUCUGGUUGACUGUUUUCCUGUGAGGGGGUUUGUAUCAUCUGACACUCAUUCUUUAGCACCAGAUGCCCUUGAUUGUAAAUGCUUCAGUAUGAUUUCGGGUCUAAUAAUGAACUUUUAUACAGCAA